AUGACAGAGAGAAUGAACUUCAGCACACCCAAAGGCAACCCGCGGCCUGCCACGGGCGCUGUGCUCCCCCCUGAGCCCAUUGACAUCAUCCGCAUUAAGGCCCGCUCCCGGCGGGUCCGGCUCAAUGUUGGAGGUCUCACACAUGAAGUCCUGUGGAGAACACUGGACCGGCUGCCCAGAACCCGUCUGGGACGGCUAAGAGACUGCAACACCCACGAGUCACUGCUGGAGAUCUGCGAUGACUACAGCCUCAACGAGAACGAGUACUUCUUCGACAGGCACCCGGUGGCCUUCUCCUCCAUCCUCAACUUCUACAGAACAGGGAAGCUGCACAUGAUGGAGGAGAUGUGCGCCCUGUCCUUCGGCCAGGAGCUGGACUACUGGGGGAUUGACGAGAUCUACCUGGAGUCGUGCUGCCAGGCACGGUACCACCAGAAGAAGGAGCAGAUGAACGAGGAGCUGAGGAGGGAGGCGGACACGCUGAGGGAGAAGGAUGGGGAGGAGGAAGAACUUGGAUGCUGUGCAGACAAAAGGCAGAAGCUCUGGGAUCUGCUGGAGAAACCCAGUUCAUCUUUGGCUGCAAAGGAACAAGCUCACUGGCUGUCCUAA